GUCUAGGGUGGGCUGGGGCGGACUUGAUCCCUGCAGCAGAUGCAGGGCUCUGGAGUCGUCUGUACCGGUACAAUUCUGUUGCAGGCGAACUCUCUUGCUGGUGGCCUCUGGACCGCGCGAUGACUGGCCGGUGACUUCUGGGUCUGAAGACGAAAGUUGAAGAUGAAGGAAGAUUGCUCGUCCAGCUCUCAUGUGCCCGUCAGCGACAGCAAGUUCAUUCUGAAGUCAGAACUCUUGAGUCUGCUCAAAACCUACAACUGCUACCAUGAGGGCAGGAGCUUCCAGCUAAGACACCGAGAGGAAGAAGGGACUCUGAUCAUCGAAGGACUCCUGAACAUUGCCUGGGGACUCAGACGACCCAUCCGGCUCCAGAUGCAGGAUGAUCGGGAACGAGUGCACCUGCCAUCUGCCACAUGGGUGCCUGAGCGGCUCAGCCACCUCCAGAAGGAAGCUUCACCCCAGGACAGCAAGGUCCCUACUGAGGAGCCAAGCGCUCAACCUGCAAACAAGGCAGAGGUUUCCAGAGAUAGUUCAGGACCCCUGGAGGAGGAAGAGGAGGAGGUCCCACAGCUCAUGCGGACAAAGAGUGAUGCCAGCUGUGUAAUCCAGAGGCGGUCCAAAUCCCGGGCACCGAGCGAAGCCCAGAAGAUACGACGGCACCGGUUCUCCAUCAAUGGACACUUUUAUAAUCACAAGACCUCAGUGUUCACUCCUGCCUAUGGGUCUGUGACCAACGUCCGGGUUAACAGCACUAUGACCACCCAGCAGGUGCUCACCCUGCUGCUAAACAAAUUCCGGGUAGAAGAUGGCCCCGGUGAGUUCGCACUCUACAUUGUCCAUGAGUCUGGGGAGCAGACAAAAUUAAAAGAUUGUGAGUACCCGCUGAUAGCCAGAAUCCUGCAUGGGCCCUGUGAGAAAAUUGUCAAGAUCUUCUUGAUGGAAGCUGACUUGAGCGAGGAAGUGCCCUAUGAUGUCGCCCAGUACAUUAAGUUCGAAAUGCCGGUGCUGGACAGUUUUGUUGAAAAAUUAAAAGAAGAGGAAGAAAGAGAAAUAAUCAAAUUGACCAUGAAGUUCCAAGCCUUGCGUCUGACAAUGCUGCAGCGUCUGGAACAGCUGGUGGAGGCCAAGUAACUAGCCAGAGCUUGCCUUUUGUGAUGCCUGUGGUAACAGGGACCCAGCCCUAACUAAUCACUGACCGAUGGUUGCUGCCCAAGGAAUACUUAUGCAUAUUCCACCUGUCUAUUCCGUAGACUACAUAGCAUCCUGCAUCUCUAGUCUUGGUACCAUGGUGAGCAUGCACAGGCAUACCCAGGAACUUCCUGGCUAGGAUCUAUGUGCAAAGCUGACCUAGUGGCAAUAAAGAGCCUCAGAACUGUGGUACCAGCUACAUUAUAUGGUUGAAUAGUAUGGCCACACUUGUUGCUGUGUAUUUCCAGUUUGAAAGAGCAAUAUAACACCCAGCCCUGGAGAAUGGACUUCAUCUGCUUGCCCAGUGCCUGUCUCUGAGCCUCUGCAUGGCCACAAGUCCCUGCCCUAAUCAUCCAUGAACCAUGAACUCUCUGUCUUCCCUUGCUUCUUAUUGCCACUCAGGAACUGUACUGGAGCAGGAGCUGCCAAGAGCCAUGAGACACGGCCUGCUUCUAUCUAUUGCUUCACCAUGAUGUCCUGGCCUCUGAGCCUUCUUUCCUAGCCAACAUUCCUGGCCUAGAGGUUAGAUCAGGACUAGGACUACCAAGACCUCAUCAGCUCUUGGUAUAAAUCACCCUUAACUUGUGAGUGUGAUCCAAAGAAAUCCUUGAAAGGAGCCAUCUUCAAGAAAUAGAUCCAUUGAAUUGUGUUUUGGAAGUUGAUUCAUGUGGCAUUGGAACAGCUGGCAGUGGUUCCUGGAGGCUCAGUCCCCUUCACUCCAUCUUGUGGAUGUCUAUAUGUCUCUUGCUUUCCUUGGGAGCUUCUUUCCCUCUAGUGGAUAGAGACAGCUCUCCAUACAUCCUAUCAAAGCCAAAUGAAAAUGAAAAAUGUCUGUUUGGGGAAAAAAGGCUUCUAAUCCUCUAGAUACAGAUACAGAACAGUUUGUUUGCUGACUGAUAUCUCUGGAAUGAACAAGAAGACUAUGCAAUGGUUUACAUCAGUUGUGGGAACGAUUGUCUAACAGAGAAAACUAAAGGCCAGCUUCUUCCCCUGAGGUCUGUGGACAGUGGAUUUAAAGAGAAAUAUGAUGAAGGCCUUUGAAGACAGAGUUCCAUCUUCAAUGCAGUGCAUGUGGAAGCCACUCAUGGAGUCCUGAAGAGCAGCGUGUGAGAACAGCUGUGCAGUGGGAAGCCAUGAGGCAGGGUAGAUGUCACCCCUAGAUUUUUCCAGACCCAGCUCUGGUUCACAGAGAUGCUUAGCUGCCAAGACCUCUUGCUUCCUCACCUCAUUGGCACUGUACUUUCUUCAGUGCUUAAUAAAGGCCUGUUGUGUUGAACAGAAGCUGUAGGACCAACCAUUCUUGUGCUUCUUCUUCUUGUGUUUAUUACCUUGGUCCAUUUUUCUAAUCCCCCAAGCUGUCGUACUACACUGCAAAGAGCUGCAGUCGUUAGAGGACCCAUCCACCUGUUGGAACCUGUCAACAUUGACAGGACUCCUUCACUUCAUGCAUGAGCUGAGGAUUGGUGUGAGGCCUGAGGCAAGGCUGCCCUACCUUAGAUACAAGAAAGGACUCACUGGUAGUGGUCCAUGGGUGGCCUGAGCAAUAGAGUCAUCCUGAAUUGCAGAAUUUUAGCAUCAGAAGUGCAUAGGAAUCUUCCAGCCAGAGACUCAAGAGUUGAAAACCAAACUGGAUUUUUAGCCUCAAGACAUCUGCAUAUCCGUUGUUCAGAAGUAAUUAACUGACUUGAUUGUUUUGUGCCAGGCCUGUACUGGAUCCUGGAGGAACAAAGGUAGAGACCCUUGGUAAUUCCUCUUCUGGAGAAGCAGACACGGGGACAGUUAAGCGCCUGAUAUUGAGCAGACAGCUAAGAGUGAAUGGUACUGCAAGCCAAGAGACACCUUCCAUCCCUGCCACAGGGAUCUCAGUUCUGGGGGAACCACUGACACAGGAAACCCUGGAAGUAGCAGCCAGCUCAGUAGUGCUUCACAGCUGUCCAAAUAUUAGUUAAGGCUUUUAAAAAUAUGUUUUACUUUCGAAAUAUUAUCAAAACUAAUUUCUGAAUAACAUAGUUAGGAAAACUCAAGCAAGUUGCACAGAGCAGUGUCCUCUGCCCAGUUCCUAUGAAGUGUUUGCAAACGUUGGACUGACCUGCCAUGUCUGCUCUUUGAGAGCAACUGGAGAACCAGCCUUUGCAGGGCACAACAACCCUGGAACUUGAGACUGUAGAGGCUGUGGCUUCACAAUGCAUCAGGGCUAUUGUCUGUGACAGAGGUCACAGCCUUUCUGCUGUGUUCUUCGAUUCUCAGAUGAUAAUGGUAUCUACAGAUAAACUGAAGAACCUGGUCAGAAAGCACUGAAUUUCAAAAUAGGUCUGUCCUCAGAGCCUAGAAUAAUAAACAGCACAGGUCAAAGUCAGUGUGAUCACAAGGUUGCAAAAGUCCCGCGCUCAGGAUAAACACGAUUGUUUGUCCAGAACAAAUGACCAGAACAGAUUAAAAACAAGAGUCAGGGAAAAGACUUGUUUUUCUGAAGCAAUAGCCUUUAGUCUUUCUCUAUGACAAAACAAAGCCUUUCUCCCAGGAUCCAUCUGGCUCCUUGAUCCCAGGGAAAGGAGGGAGGCCUUAUGUAGUCUACUCAGGUGAUUUGGUAGGAACCGGAAUUAUGCCAACUGUGCUGUGUGAACACAGCUGCAGAGAGACAGGCCAUGGAAUGUCCUUAUCAGGGGUACUCUGACUACUAGGUCCUCAGGCCUUCUGACCUUCGUCAGUGGCAAGCAGGAAGUCUGGCAGGUCACAGCCAAGCCAGUAGCACGAAUAAAAACAAGCAGAUGCAUGUACUAUAUUUAGGCCCCAAGAACUACACUUGGCUUUUAGCCAGCUGUUGACGUGCUGGGAGCCUCACAGAACCUGAGGUGGGGCUCUUUCCCACAACGUGUUGUAACAAAGGUUUUCUGCCAGUCCAAGAGCAUGGGAAUUCCCAGGGUUUCCUUUUUCAUACAACUCAAGGGAAACAAGACAAUGCCUCAGGCCUAUCUAACUGUCUUAUUGUCCAAGGUCCUGUGCUGAAGAACCCAUUUUGAGAGAAACAGAAUAUGUUUGUUCCUAUACUCAGGCCAUUCAAGGGACCCGUCCUGCUGUCCCUGGACUGUGGGUCAGUUCUGCCAAUGACAGCAGCACUUUUCAUUGAUACAGUGCUUAUUCGUGUGCAUAUAUGUACACCUACAUGUGUACAAAAAUACAUAUGUGAAGAACAGAGUCUAAGGAACAAAACCACAGAAAAGGGAGGUUACUCUGCUAAUCUGUUUCUCAGCUGUUGUUUUUUUUUUUUGUUGUUGUUGUUCUAGAUUUCUGUUCUAGAAUGAGUUCUUUAAAUAUUCAACCCACUCUGGGUAAGUGGCCCCUGUGGUGCAGAUCUCCAGAGAAGCUACAGCCACCGAUAAGACUCCCAGAAAGAAAAUCUGCCUGGUGCCCAGGCUGUGGCCUCUCCUCUUACCCUUUGUCACUUCUCCCUUUGUCUAAGGACUACAUGUGACUGUUCUUCAUAAUUUAAUUUACUUAAAAAUGAUGUGGCUCCAAAGCUUGACUCUGUUAAGUGUGUAGCUGUGGGUGUUUCGCAACGUCUGGUCCUUGUGUGAGAGAACCAGCUGCCAAAGAUGGAAGGUGAUAUAAAACUAAAGGAAGGCACAGGUAGACCCCAGAGUGCAGAGUGUUACUUAUGGACUCACAGGCUUUCAUGGCUUGAGAAGCACCAGGGCAGAAGGAUCCUCAUAUCUCAAGUGGGAGUAGGAAGUUUAUACAGUACUCCAGACAAGUGUGGGCUGCAGUUGGCUAGUAUAUACCACGCCUUUCUCCAAAGCUGUCAACGUGUCCAGUAUCAGGUAAGAAAAACACUGUAUGUCAGUGACUAGCACAGAAUGCUUAGGUAUCCUAACAGCUUUCUUUGUCUUACAGGGCUGGUGAUGUGUGCCAAGGUCAGCUGGUAGGCAAUAUGGUGGUUAUGGUGAACAUGCCUACGGUCAUGUCAAACUGAAUUCUAUACUGGGAAAGUUACUUGCCUCACUUUCCCCAUCAGUAAAAUGGGAGUAAAAUGGUUCCUAGCUCUCAAGGUUGUUGAGAGUCCCAGCUUUAUUGCAGUAACAAGGUCAGAAAUCUCAGCACCACAGGAGACUUUACGUCUCUCAGAAACUGUGGGACUAUAUAGUGCCUGUGGUGUGUUCAUGUGGCUCAGUUCCACGUGUGUUCUCAUCUUGGAUCCCCAAACUCCUUGGGACAUGUUAUUGAAGCAGAGGGAGGGAGCAGAUUGACCUUGGGAGCGUGUGUCUCGAGGCUGCUUCUGGGCCACUGUGUUGCCUCCAUCACUCUUGGCCACCAUCAGUCCUCCAGUGAAGUCCUUAUCUGGAGAUGUGCACACACUCUAAGGCAGUGACGCUCAACCUUCCUAAUGCUGCCAUCCUUUAAUACACUUUCUCAUGCUGUGACGACCUCCUGACCGUAAUGAUUACUGUCGUUGCUACUUCAUAACUCUAAUUCUGCUACUGUUGUGAAUCACAAUAUAAAUAUCUGAUAUUCACAGGGGUCUUCGUUGACCCCUGUGAAAGGGUCACUGGACCCCAAAAGGGGUUGCAACCACCCACAGGUUGAGAACUGCUGCGCUGGGGGCUCUGAGAAUUGCCCCCCAAAAGCAAGAGUAAAAAAUUAAAGAAGAUGCCCACGCAGCCAUUAUGGUCAUGCUAUGACAGUGUUAAAGACCUUAAAAGUCCUUUAGACCGUACCUGGCUGAAGUGUAACAAUAGAAUACUGUCACACUAACACAUGGCCUAGGGCUAUGGUUGCUCACACCUCUUUUCCUUUCCACUUUGAUGCCCACAUCCUUUCCUGGCCCAGGCCUCUUUCUGAGCUUACCUUCCAUUCUUUCUACUCAUGGUGACUCUGCUCCUUUCUUUCCUGGCAUUUGUCUCCUUUCAAAACCCCAUCACUAUUUGACUGCAGGCCUAUCCUGAAUCCCUCUGGGCCAUUUGUAGUUGGUGCAGCUAUUUUGCUAUACAGGAAAGAAGGAUGCUCCACCUUUAAGUGAGGCAACAGAGACUUAUAAUCCAUGCUUAGUGGUCGCAGUGUGUUUCUGCUCCUGAGAUUUUCCUGUUCCAGCAGCACACACCGCUGCUGUUUACCUCACCCCGGCACCAACCACGGAUGACAACAGUUUAGUAAUAAAAUUAACAAUAAAUCAUG